AUGUCUAAACAAAGUUUAGUAUUUCAUCCAAUUAUCAGCUCAAUUCAAAGGAUAGCUUUGUAUGAAACGAAAGCUAGAUUUUUCCUUAUUGGAUCAAAUAAUACACAGACUAGAUUCCGGGUACUGAAAAUUGAUAGAACAGACUCAAAAGAGUUAAUCUUAGUUGAUGAUAAAGUUGAGUACAAUAAACAGGAAAUACACCAACUAUUAAACAUGAUUGGCUUUGGUAACAGGAGUGCCCGUUCCCCUGGAUUAAAUAAACUGGUAUCAGCUUUUGGCAUUUGUUCUGUGCAAACAAAGUUCUGUAGUAUUUAUUUUCUUAAAAUUGAUUUUAAUUAGAAUUUCUUUAUUUUCAAUUAAAGUUAAACAACUGCUUUCUCAAAGUAAUAGUAACACUUUAUUUAAAAUAUUUGCCUUAUUGCAGGGUUUAUAAGAUUCUUGGAAGGCUAUUAUAUAAUUUUGGUGACAAAGAGGCGUAAAAUAGCUGUGAUUGGCUCACAUUCCAUUUAUAAAAUUGAAGAUACAGCAAUGAUAUACAUUCCCAAUGAGACCAACAAACCACUUCAUCCAGAUGAACAGAGAUAUGUUAAAAUGUUUCUUGCAAUAGAUCUGUCAACAAACUUUUAUUACAGCUACAGCUAUGAUGUGACACAUACUUUACAAAUGAAUAUGGCACCACCGAGGAAACUGGCACCUGCUUUAUUUCCAAAACCUGUCACCGCAGCUGUUUACCAGUCAAACUUGAACUCGGAGCAAGAAGAAUGUAUAUGUGAUAAAAAAGAAGAUGAUGAAGAUAUAUUUGAAACAUGGAAGAAACAAUUACAAGAGAGACAAAUGAAAACAGGGAAACCAGGUACAAAAUUAGAAUUUGGUGUGAGAACAGUGCCACAAUGGAGGUUUGUUUGGAAUAGCCAUCUCCUGUCUGUCGUACAUUCCCAAUUGCAUCCUGAUUGGAUACUUUAUAUCAUACAUGGGUUUAUCGAGCAGAGCAAUUUAAAUAUAUUUGGCCGACCUAUAUAUUUGACUCUCAUUGCAAGAAGAAGCAACAGGUAUGCUGGUACAAGAUUUUUGAAGAGAGGAGCUAAUAUGCAUGGAGAUGUUGCAAAUGAAGUGGAAACUGAGCAGAUUGUUCAUGAUGCAAUAAUUUCUUCAUUUGCUGCUGGCAGAUUUAGUUCAUUCGUUCAAAUGAGAGGUUCAAUUCCUUGCUUCUGGUCGCAAGAUAUUUCUAAAAUGGUCCCUAAACCUGCUAUAAUGAUCGACCGCAGUGAUCCAUUUGCCGAAAUACCAGCGAAACAUUUUAACAAUCUCAUGACAAGAUAUGGUUCACCUAUAAUGAUCCUCAAUCUAGUGAAAAAGAGGGAAAAGAAGAAACAUGAAUCUUUAUUAACCGAAGUUAUAAGUAAUGCUGUGAAGUAUCUCAAUCAGUUUUUGUCACCCGAGCAUGCAAUACAGUAUUUCCAUUUGGACAUGGCAAGAAUGAAUAAAGGUGCUGAUGCCAAAGUUCUCGACAAGUUAUCUGCCAUAGCGCGGACCGUGGUCCGGCGUACGGGCGUGUUCCUGAGCGGGCCGGCGGCCGGCGAGGCGCUGGGCGCGGCCGGCCACCAGGCGGGGCGCCUGCAGGCCGGCCUCGUGCGCGUCAACUGCGUCGACUGCCUCGAUCGGACCAACACCGCCCAGUUUGCUAUAGGGAAGUGCGUGCUGGCGCAUCAGUUGUAUGCAUUGGGACUAAUUGAAGAACCAGUUAUUGAGUUUGAUUCAGACUGUGUUCGACUUUUGGAAGGGUUGUAUGAAGACCACGGCGACACGCUGGCCCUACAGUAUGGAGGAUCACAACUUGUUCAUAGAAUAAAAACCUACAGGAAAACAGCACCCUGGUCAUCUCACGGCAAUGACAUCAUGCAAACUUUGAGCCGAUACUACUCCAACACUUUCUCGGAUGCUGAGAAGCAAAAUACCAUGAAUUUGUUUUUGGGUCAUUUCGAGCCUGAUCCGAACAGACCAGCUAUAUGGGAGUACCCCACCGAUUACUAUCUACAUCAUCCGGAGACAAUGGUUUACAUACCGAAUAAAAGGUCGCUGACACGGUGGUGGGACGAAGGGACGGCGCGGCAUCUGCCGCUCCCGACGCUGGAGAUGAACAAGCUGUGCUGCGAGGUCAUCGGCCUGCAGGGCGACGCGCUCGAGAUGGUGGACCCCUACCAGGAGUACAACCGCCCCUUCGAGUACACCGUCUUCGCUGAUUGCUUCGAGUUCAAGAUGUACCACACUCUUAGGGACCUCGCUCCAAACUCUUAUGAGAACCUUAGUCCAUUCGUAGUACGAGGCCGUUCUGUGGGACAGGUCAAAGGACCGAGUUCUAAGAAUCCAGUCAUCAGUGGAAGAUCCAGUACCAUCUCUAAUAAUUCCAGCGACUCAAAUAGCGACUCUACCUCAGACGACGACCUCACGAACUCUACGCCAAGUUCCCGUCAGUACACAACCUCUCCUAUCACUGUGGUGGCAAAGUUACUCGAAGAGAAGGAAACCGAAGAAGAGGCACCACUGUUCCCCGCUAUCAAACGUCACAAUUGCAUAAAAGUGGAAGAACCUGGCAAACGCGAUAUGUUAUUAUACAAGCGCUACGUGAACUUCGAGCGGCGCUCGAACCCGCGCUACAAGCCGGACAUCCACAUCGUGAUGACGGUGAGCAGCGCGUUCACCAUCGACAGCUCCGUCGACGUCAUCCCGCCCACUGUCACUAAAGCAUCCAAAGAAAUAUACCAAGAAUAUGUAGAACGUGGCCAAGGAAAAAUCAUAGUGCCCCACGAGUCCUUAGCGCUGUAUAAUAAAUACGUUAAUUUUAGCUUGUAAGAAUAUAUUCAAAUGUAAUUUUGUUUGAUAGUGUAAAUUAAGAUUUAUUUAGAUUAUACAAUAUUAUAUUAAAAUCUUUAUAAAAAUGUAUAA